CGGGGGUUUCAACCAAACGUCGUCGUCAGGUUGGCGGCCGUGCAUGCCUGGGUACUUUGGCGGAGAUGCUUUCAGAACCGCGGCGGGUAUCGGCCCAGCAGUUGUAUAAAGUUCACCCAGGUGGUGCAGAGACCAUCGACGAUGCAGACAGCGACAUGCGAAACGACUUCAUCGCCGACAACAAGGAAUUCAUUCAAGAGGAGACGGUCAAUGCUGCGCAAGCCAUCUCGAAAUGGUGGCGCAUUCGAAAACUGCACAACCGCAUCAAGAGCAAAUGGACGCCAGAGCACUUGCGCAAGCUAAGGGAACAGCAACGACAAGUGCGCAUCCAACUCCGGAUCCGCGAAAUCGCCCUCUACAUCGUGUACCUGCUCUUUCUCAACGACUACGUGCUGGGCCCGUAUACCGACUCGAGCCUGUAUUACUUUAACGCCAACCUCAAACGAUUAUUUAUGACGGCGUCCGUAAAAGAAACUCAAUUCAACGCCAUUUCUACGAUCCCACAAGUGCAUCGGUGGUUACAAGGACCGUUCUUUGACGCGCUGUACUCGGAAAAGGACCCCGUGACAGGCGACUACACGAUUCUGCAAUAUGGCCAAGUCGUGGGAGGGAUCAGCAUCGGGCAGCUUCGGGUGCUGCCUCAAGAGUGCACGUCCAAGCUUCCCCCCCAAGCGGGAAAUGAAAAGCUGUACUGGUGUUACGGGACCAAGUCUGGCCACUUCGACGAGUCGGUCGAAAGCAAAUUGCCGUUUGGGACGGGCAAUGGGUCUAACUUUCAAUGGAACUCCAUUUCAGAGGACUCGAACAUUUCCGACACCCGACGCGCGUUCUUCACAAGUUACACAGGUGCCACGGCGGCCGUGUAUCCCGCGCCGGCGUUCCGCGUCGUCCUGCCGCACUCCAACGCGGACGAGACCAAGGCGCUCCUGGCGUCCAUCGAGUCCAACGCGUACAUGGAUGUGCAGACCCGCGCAGUGUUUGUGGACUUGACCAUUUUCAACGUCAUGCUGAGCUCCGUGCUGGUGCUGCGGUUCGCGUUCGAGGUGCCCCCGUCCGGGGGGGUCGUGCCCACAUCGGACAGCGUCGUGGCGCCGUACGCGGACACGUCGUUCAACUUCCUCACGCACUACUCGAUGCUGGCGGUGGCGCUGUUCUUCUUGCUGUACUUUUUGCUGCUGCUGCGGGCCACGCGCAAAGAGGGGUGGCCUGUCUAUCGACGCCUCGAAACGUGGGUCCAGGUCGCCAAUUCGGUCGCAUACAUCGUCAUGUGGCUGCUCCGGGCGUGCGCCGGAUUAGAUUUCCCCAACAUCCACGUGGCCAGCACGUCCCCGAGCAACUUUCGGUCGUACGCGUUCAUGUAUAACGUCAGUAUGCGGCUGGCGGCGGCCGUGUGCUUUUUGAGUUAUGUGCGGCUGAUUCUGUUUCUGGACGUGCUGCCCCAUGUGAACUUGAUCGUCAAGACGGUCGUGCUGUCCGUAACUCAAGUGUCGAGCUUCUUGUUUGUGUUUGGACUGCUCGUGUACGCGUAUGCGACGUGCUACUGCGUCGUGUUUGGGUCGUCCGUGGAGGUUUUCAGCACCGUGUCCCACAGCUACACGUCGCUGCUGCAGUCCCUCGUCGGUGACUUGGACUACGCCCCCAUGCGCGAGGCGAGUCCGGGUAUGGCCAUGCUGCUCGUUGUCGCGUUCACGCUCGUGGCAGUGUUUGUCCUCGCGCACAUUCUCAUUGCCAUGAUAAUCGACGCGUACUGGGCGAGCAAAGAGUCGACCCAGUGGGAGCAAGUCAACUUGGUUGUCGAAACGCUCUCGUAUGUGUGGAGCAUAGGCAUGGAUCUGGUCCACUACGUCGGUCGCGUGUGCGGCGUGUCGUUCGUCCUCGUCGAAGACUCGUUGGAUGCACAGUCCACUGGCCAUCACGAAAUGCUAGGGCCGUUGCGGCCCCGCCGACUGGAUGUCCAAGCGUGCCACGGCCACCGGUUGUCGGCGGUGCAAAAGCUCGUCGUGAUGCCCCUCGCAGCCACCCACGCCAAGCUGGAGCAGCUCGGCCAUACGCUGUCGCAGAGCCAACUGGUGCGCAGCGGCGUCGACGGCAUUCGGCGGGGGACCAACAUGGUCGUGGCCAGGUCCAAUCAGAUCACAGACCGCCUGAACUCGUUCCGCGACGAGCGAGGCGGCAGUCCGUCGAACAAUCACCAAAGCGCUAGGCGGUUUCCCAGUGGAAAUGGGGGCGGCAUGGCCAGCGACGCGCAGAUGAAGGUGCUGCAAGGCAUGAUCAUCCAGCUGGCCCAUCAAAACACGAAAAUCCAGCAAACGCUCGUCAUGCUGCAGUCCCAAGUUACGGAGCUGCGCGAAGCGUCCAAAGGCGACGACGACCGACGGCAGGACGAUGACCCCACUGGCCCAUCGUAGAAAAGCACACACUUAUUUAACAUUAAUCCAUGCAACAACCACAACACCAC